AUGGCAGAAAUUGCACUCUCCAUUGCAGCUAAGCUUGCAGAAUAUUUGGUCGACCCUAUAUUAAACAAUGCUCGUUACGUAUUCGGUUUCAACCAAAUCGUUAGAAGUCUUCAUGAUCAAAAGGAUGAGUUGAUUGUAACCCAAAAGAGUGUGAAGAAGCGCAUGAAAGAAGCCAGAAGGAAAACCGAAAUAAUUGAGGAAGCUGUCGAGAGGUGGAUGAAUGAUGUUAAUAAUGUCUUAAAAGAUGCAGAAAAGCUUGAAGAAAAAACUAAAGAUAACAAAGGGUGUUACCGCGUACCUUUCCAAUACUUUCUAGCAAAAGAAGUAGAGAAUGUAACAAAGAGAAUGAAGAAUCUAAAUAGCAGCUGCAUAUUUGAGCCAUUUUCUAGGCGCACUGAACUUCCUGGCAUGAAAUACUUCUCAUCCAAAAACUUUGUCUAUUCCAAGUCCACUGAGCAUUCUUAUGAUAAACUCAUGGAGGCAUUGAAAGAUGGAAAAUGUAACAUGAUUGGAUUUCAUGGGAUGGGAGGAUCUGGUAAAACCACUUUGGUGAAAGAGGUCGGGAAGAAAGCUGAGGAGUUGCAACAUUUCGACAAAGUUGUUAUGGCUGUUGUCUCUCACAAUCCCGAAGUGACGAAUAUCCAAGGUCAAAUUGCAGAUAGUUUGGAUUUGAUAUUGAGGGAAGAGACAACAUUUGGUAGAGCACAAAGACUUUCAACAAGCUUACAAGCUGAGAGGCCUCUUGUGAUCUUGGAUGAUGUGUGGGAGAAGCUUGAUUUUGAAGCCAUAGGGAUUCCACCAUGUUGCACUGUCUUGCUAGCUACUCGCGGUCGAGAUGUAUGCGUGUCUAUGAACUGUCAAACAACGGUUGAACUGUCUCUCUUGGAUGAAGAGGAAGCUUGGACUUUGUUUAAAAGGUGUGCAGAUAUCAUUGAUGACUCACCAUAUGCCUUGAAGUUGAAGAAUGUGCCAAGGAAAAUUGCUAAGAAAUGCAAAGGACUCCCAAUUGCAAUUGUGACUAUGGCAAGUAUGUUAAGAGGGAAGAAAGUUGAAGAGUGGGAAUUAGCAUUGCUUAAACUAGAGGAAUCAGAGGAAAUUGAUGUUGAAGAAGUGUUGAGUAGUUGUUAUGCUUGUAUCAAGUUAAGCUAUGACAAUUUGACAAAGCAAGUUUCAAAGAAUCUCUUUUUGUUGUGCUCGAUGUUUCCAGAAGAUUAUGAGAUCAAUAUGGAAGAUCUGGUUAGGUACAUAAAGGGACUUGGACCAUCUGCCGGGACUAGUGGACCAAUGGAGAAAGUCAGAAGAGAGAUACAAGUGACCAUGAACAUCCUUAAAGAUUCACAUUUAUUGCAACCUUGUGGUAAACAAGAAUUUGUGAAAAUGCAUGACUUGGUUCGGGAUGCAGCCUUAUGGAUUGCUUCAAAAGAAGGCAAAGCGAUUAAGGUACUGACCAAAACAUCGGUAGCAGUAGAAGAAAAUGUAAAAGAGAUCGCUGCAAUGUCCUUAUGGGGCAUGGAAAAUCUUCCUCCUAUUGAUCAAUUACAGUGUACAGCACUCAAGACUCUUCUACUUCAUUCCACAGAUGAAUCUUCUAUACAAUUACCAAAUGAAUAUUUUGGAAAGAUGCAAAUGCUGGAAGUCUUGGGGAUAACAAAAUUUUACUACACAUGGCGCAAUCUGUAUAUGCUGCGCUACUUGAGUUCAUCAUUGUCUAUCUUUGCCGUGCCUCAAUCAAUAGAGAGAUUAACUAGGCUACGGACUCUUUGUCUAAGAGGAUAUGAUUUAGGCGAUAUCUCUAUACUGGCAAGCUUAACAAGACUUGAGAUUCUCGAUUUGCGCAGUUCAUCUUUCGAUGAGCUGCCACAAGGAAUCACAACUUUGCAGAAACUAAGACUACUGGAUAUCUACACUUGUCGCAUCAAGAAGAACAACCCUUAUGAAGUGAUAAGGAAGUGUACACAGCUAGAGGAAUUGUAUAUAUGGAGAGUUGAAGAUGAUUCUUUACCGAUUAUCUCUUUACCAAGGUUACAUAGAUAUGUAAUUGUAUGUGACAAGUCCAGGGAAAACUGUAGAUUCCUCAUAGAUGCUUAUCUAGAAGAUCAUGUGCCAUCAAGAGCGUUAUGCAUAGACCGGUUUGAUGCAUCUGCUCUUAUUCAUGAUUCAUCUUCAAUCAAAGAUUUGUUUCUGAGAUCGAAGCACCUUUACAUGGGACAUCUUCGGGGAGGAUGCAAAAACAUCGUGCCCCACAUGGAUCAAGGAGGGGGCAUGAAUGGGUUGAUUGGACUAAUACUUGAAUCUUGUUCAGAGAUAGAAUGCCUCCUUGAUACUACAAAUACCAAUUUGCCAGCAUUCUUUGAGUUGGUUACGUUGAAGUUGAUAUGGAUGAAUGGUCUUAAACGUGUUUUCUAUGAUCCUACUUCCCAAUGCUCUCUUGAAAAAUUACAAGACCUGCAGAUAGAGUAUUGUACACAACUGAGUAGCAUAUCUUUUCCAAGGAAUUCAAAUAUGUGUAAUCUUAAGAUUCUCAGAUUACAGUGGUGUCCAUUGCUAACAUCAUCACUUUUUGUACCUGCCAUUGCUCGACGUUUAGUGCUACUAGAGGAAUUAAAAAUAUUUGAUUGCAGUAAGUUGAAGCAUAUCAUAGCAGAAGAAUAUGAAGAAGACGAGAGUGCUAGUAAUCCAAGUCCUACCUUGAAAGUGUUCCCAAAUUUAAGGAUUCUUCAUGUGCACGGAUGCCAUAGUUUAGAAUCAAUCUUUCCAAUCUCUUUUGCUCAAAGUCUGGAGAGAUUAGAGAAGAUAGUUAUAUGGUACAACUUUGGGUUAAAUUAUGUAUUUGGCACACACGAAUACAAGAAUAGUGCGAAUGAGAUUAAGGCCAACGUCAAUCUCAUUGCUUUAAGAAGAAUCUCACUUGUAUCACUGUUGAAUUUUAUUGACAUUUUCCCAAACUAUUGUCAUUCAAGGUCGCCAAAUUUGAAAGAGAUAGAAUGCAUAGAAUGUCCUCGCUUAUCAACCAACCUUAUGUACAAGACUUUGCUCAGUUCAGAUCAACAGAAAUGUCUCACGGCCACUGAGGAGAGAGUGGUCUUUCCUGAUAGCGAAGAACCUGUCCUAGCCUUGGAAUAUCUCACCUUUGAGAAUUCCAUGGUAGAAGGUAUUUUCCAACUGCAAGCUGUAAAACAAGGGCCAUUGAAUUCAAACUUAUCUCAUUUAUGUUUAAAGGAUUUACCCAAGUUGAGUCUUAUUUGGAAGGGUCCAAAAGAUGUUCUCAACCUCCAGAAACUCAAGAGUUUGGUUCUGGUUGGAUGUAGAAACUUGGAAACCAUCUUCUCUCCUACUAUUGUUGGAAGCCUAGCUGAGCUGAGUGAACUUGUUGUAAGCAAGUGUGAGAAGUUGAAGCAAAUAGUUUGUUCAGAUAAUUCAAUGCGCUUCCCUCUACUGUCCAUUGUUCAUGUCUUUCAGUGCAACAAUUUGAACUUCCUUUUCUCUCAAUCAUUGCCUUCUCCAUUUCGUGAACUAGAAUUUAUUACUAUAGAGGAGUGUUAUGAAAUAGAACAGGUUUUCUUUUGCAAUGAAGAUGAUAGAAGUCAACAUGUGCCAGAAGAAAACAAACAGAAUUUAGUACUUCCAAAAUUGCGAGAGGUGAAACUCGUACGUUUGCCAAACAUCACUGAAUUUUCUAAAGGACCUUAUAAACUGCAGCAAAAUGUGGAACAUUAUACAGCGAGAAACUGUCCCAAAUAUACUUGUGCUUGGUUGCAGGAAAAGACUCCAUUUUCAACCAUACAUUUACAAACAAAAGGGGAUGUUUGUGAAAUGGGAUUAGGAUUAGGCUCAGGCUCAACUAGUACUUUUUCCGCCACUACUGAUAUUAAUCCUCAGAUACAAGAGAGGGUUAGCAAGUUGGAAACAAAUUUAGAAUCGGAGAGACAGAGAAGAAGGUUGAUGGAGUUAGAUUUGCAGGUUGAGAGGGAAAGGCGAAAACUAAUAGAACUGAAACUGGAAGCUGAGCAAGAAAGACGACGAUUCAUGGAAGAAACAAUGCUUUCUUUCUUUCAUAAAAUGCUUGGAAGGGUCCCUCAACAGUUUGCUUACCUUCUUUCACAAACUCAAUCGGCACAAAAUGAAGAAAGUGAAGAUCAGGACUUUCAAGAUGUAUCCAUACAGUCCCUCUGAAUCAGUCAUGAUCAUGAUCAAAUAUGAGAUGACAUAAUCUACUUAAAUAGAAAGAAUAGAUGAUAUAAGUUAGAAU